CGCAAUUGCAAGAAGUCUGGUCAUAACGCCAACGAAUGCCCGGAGCCUCGCUCUGCUGAGGGCGUCGAAUGCCGUCGCUGUCAUGAAACAGGCCACUUCUCCAAAGACUGUCCGAACUUUGAGGCAGCCCCUCGCGGAUGCCGCAAGUAUGUAUCUCGUCCGUCUCUUUCUUUGCUCUUGUACUAACCUUCUCUUAGUUGCGGCGAGGAAGGCCACAUGUCCAAGGAGUGCGACAAGCCGCGCAACCCGGACAACGUGACGUGCCGCAACUGCGAGAAGAUGGGUCACUUUUCGCGUGACUGCCCUGAGCCCAAGGAUUGGUCAAAGGUCAAGUGUGGCAACUGCGGAGAGA